UCUCGGCGAAGUCACAGGGCGGCCAUCUUGACUCCUGGCAAACGCCGGGGUGGCCUCCCCCCAUCCCUGCAGCCCCACCCUGCCGCCGGGGGGGGGUGUCACAGUGGGACUCCGGGGAAACAGGAAGUGCGGUCACGUGACCCGGCUCCGGGCCGGGGGGGUCAGGCUGACUGGGGGGAAGGAGCCGCCGCCCCCGGUUCACCACAUCUCUGGGGGAUCAGGGGUCCGAGCCGUGACCCCCCCGCACGCCCCCCCACUCCCGCCGCCAUGGAGCCCGAGCACUGGCAGCGUCUGUCCGACUCGGAGGAUGAGGAGCCACCAGCACCACCUCCUGCCUGCACCAGCUGCUGGAGGAACUUAGCCGGUUUCUGGCUGCUCGGCCUCUGCAAUAACUUUGCCUAUGUGGUGAUGCUGAGCGCGGCCCAUGACAUCCUGAGCCAGCAAGGGGCGCUGGACAUCAACGGGACCACCCAGACUCCCCCGGUGACACCCCCCAGCAGGAACUCGUCCAACACCUCCCGCUAUGACUGCAACCCCAUCUCCACCGGGGCUGUGCUCUUGGCUGACAUCCUGCCUACCCUGCUCAUCAAAUUCAGCGCCCCCUUCUACAUCCACCGUGUGCCCUACGGGAUACCAAUGUCCUUCUCCAGGAGAUGGUGAUAGGCCAUC